AUGGAUACUACUUCAACUGAUUUAGGAGAUGAUCCAAAUCAGAAGCUCAUACAUUAAAAUUACAAUUAUUCAGUGAUUGGUAUUGGAAAUUCAAUUAAAGACGAUGAUACUUCAAAUAGUGGAAUUAGUAUUAGUGGGAAAUCCCAGCCAAUCGAAUGGACAACAGAUAUUCCACAAUAGGCUCCAACUUAAGAUGUAAAUAUAUAAAGAGAUGGGCUAACUGCAACGUCAAUAUGGGGAUAUGCCGUAGGUCAUUUUGAUAAUGAUUUAGUUGCAGGUCUUGGUUUUACCUAUCAGCUCUAUUAUCUUCAGGAAAUCGUUAAAUUGAGUCAAGUCAAUUCUGGAUUUACUAUUCUUUCUGGACAAAUUACUGAUGGCCUGACGACACCACUUAUAGGAAUGGCAAGUGACUCUUGUAAUACAAGAAUUGGAAAAAGAGCUCCGUGGUAUAUUGUUGGAACAUUUUUAGUUAUACCUAGCUUUAUUGGAAUCUUUGUUUAUCCACCUUUGGAAGGUGAUGCAUAAAUUGCUUACUAUAUUAUUCUACCUGCUGUUUUGAAUGUUGGAUGGGCUUUCGUUUAGAUAUCUAAUAUGUCGGUAGUAAACUCUCUUUCAGCUUCAACUCAAAGAAGGGAUCGAUUGAUAUCACUCAGAAAUGGAUUCUCCUAUCUUGCGAAUACACUAGUUCUAGUCUCAGCACUGAUAGUAUUCUCAACAGUCAAAGAUCAGAUUCUUUAAUUUAGAAUUUUGUGCUUGAUGUUAGGAGGUCUUGGAUUCUGUACGAGUCUUUAUUAUGUUCUUGCUGUAAGAGAACCAUUUCUCACAGCAGAAGCUAAAAGAUUACAAAAAUAGUACUUAUAGUAUACUAAAACUGGGGAACUAAAAGAAACAAGAGAAUUAGAAGAAGAGGAGGAAGAGAUUGAUAGAAAUCCUAGAACAUCAAGCAUGAGUCAAAAGAUCACUGUUUGGUACUAAUGGCUAUCAGAGGGUCAAUUUUAUAUCUAUGGAAUGGCUUAUAUGCUUGUCAGAGUGGCUGUAAAUGUUACAAUGUCAGUACAGCCCUUUUAUCUGAUCAAUGUGACCGGUUUCAUAAAAACAGAAGAAAAUCCCACUCCCUUGCAACUUGCCUUGGUACCAUUGAUUUCCUUUAUCACUUAGUCAAUCUUCUCACUCUUCUUUUACAAGAAAAUGAUGGAAAGAUUCCAAAACAGACAAGCUGUUCUCUUAGCUUCAGUAAUUGUCCUUGCUCUUGGAUCCAUACCACUUAUUAUUUUAGAUGAUGACGAAAAUGUUAGAUGGCUAGUUUACUUACUCUCACCAAUCUAAGGUCUUGGUCUAGCUAUUUGCCUGAAUACAGCUACUAGUUUGAUUUCUGAUGUUAUUGGUAAAUCAGAGUCUAAUUCAGCCUUCGUCUAUGGAGCUUAUGGAUUUUUUGAUAAAGUGGCAAAUGGUGUCGGAAUCUUUUUCAUAACUGCUUAUCUCAACAAAGACCCAACAGCACUUAGAUUUAUUGUUGGAUUAACUCCCCCUUUGUGUGGUCUAUUUGCUUAUCUAGCCUGUAUGGUUGGACAUAGAAAGUAUGCAAACAGACUUGCCGCUCUUUCUAUGCAUAAUGUCAAGAGAAAGAAGUCUAAAUCCAUUAAUAAAAAAUGA